AUGGCUAGUAGCCUGAAUGACGUUGAGUCUGAUUUUGCAGUGACUUUGGACUUGCCGCCGAGUUGUGUACAACUCUGUCCUGCAUACCCGGACUACUUCGUUGUGGGAACAUACAGCUUGGAGCAGAGUGACGCAGUGCAAGGCGAAGGUCAAAUUUCUCAGAGCAGAAAUGGUAGUCUCGUUGUCUUCAAACUAAAUGGCAAGGACAUAGAACAUAUACAAACGGUCUCACAACCUGCCGCCAUUCUUGACCUGCGAUUCCACGAUUCAGACAAAGAAUGCGCCAAUAUUCUAGCAACAGUGUCCAGUGAAGGCGAUUUGGCAAUAUUCAAGCUGGACCCAGGUCGCGAUUCUCGUGCACCACUUCAAGCUCUGGCCUCAAGUCGAUGUGAUGAUUUGGAGAGUGAUGUACUGUUUCUCCAAUGCAAUUGGUAUCCUGGCCGCACUAAUGUCAUUGGUGUCACAACAUCUACCAGUCUCGCUCGACUACUCUUCCUUGAUAAUACAUGGAAUAUUAUUCGCCAUGUUGACAUCGAUAUUGGAAAUACGCUGGAGGCAUGGAGUGUGGCCUUUGCCCCGGUCGACGUCGUGACUAGCCAACCACCUGGAGCUGUUUCGAUGUAUUGUGGAGGCGACGACUCCCAGAUGCGAUACACUUCGGUAACUUUGGAGGGCGAGAGUGAUGCUAAUAUAAGCCCAUUUCCACCAGCGACCUUAAGAGGGAAACAUGGUGCGGGCGUGACAGCCAUUCUUCCUCUUCAAUACAUGCAUUCAGACGGUGGCCGGCUAGUUGUGACUGGCAGCUAUGAUGAUAAUCUGCGGCUGUUCUCAAUCAAAGAUUUACACGAAACGUAUGGAAUUCCACAGGUUACCGAAAUACUCACACAAAACUUGGAGGGUGGCGUUUGGAGACUCGAGGUGAUUGAGUCGGUGAGUGAUGGGACAACGGCCUCGAUUGUGCUUCUCGCCUCGUGCAUGCAUGCAGGGUGCAGAAUCUUGCGCUUAGCUACCCAAGACAACACAGAGUGGACAAGCGAAGUAUUGGUGAAAUUCACAGAGCAUAAAAGCAUGAAUUAUGGAAGUGCGUGCUUCCAAUUAGGCGGCUCGAAGCUUAGAUGCCUAUCCACCAGCUUUUACGACAAACUGCUCUGCCUUUGGGACUGCGACUUUAGUUGA